AUGUCAGAUAUCAAGCGAUGGACCUUAUUAUCGCUGUUGAGCACUGAAUUCAUCGACAGUUUACAAUCAGCAAUAGUAUUCGGAAGUUCCGGUAGUGAGGCGAUUUUAAUAACAAAAGAAGAUGAAGUGUUUGCAAUUGGCACAAACAGCUGUUCGUGUUUGGGCACAAAUCGUUCACAAGCAACUCUAGAGCCUUCAAGAAUUGACACGUUAUCUGGGCGAGGUGUAGUCUCGCUCGCGUUCGGUUCUGGACCUCACGUUCUGGCGUUAUGUCAGAACGGUGAGGUUUUCUCCUGGGGUCAUAACGCAUUCGGGCAAUUAGGAAUUGGUUCCACAACCGUAGGUAUAGUACCAAAUCUGGUUGGCGAUGCGCUGUCUGGUCAUAAUGUGAUACAAAUCGCUUGUGGUAGUCAUCAUUCAGUAGCAGUGACCGAUCGGGGCGAAGUUUUCUCUUGGGGGAGAAACUCUUGUGGACAAGUUGGUAUCGGCAGUAAUGUGAAUCAAGAUUUACCACGCCAAGUUACCGGCCAACUGUGUAGGACUCAAAGUAACAAGAUGUUUCCAUCUUGUCUGAUUGAAGGAGUGCAUCUUCUUUUGGCCCAAUCGAAGUUAAUGCCGCAAAUUUUAGCAAAUCGCUUUGUACGCAGCGUGGUAUGUGGCCAAAACAAUACGUUAGCGCUGACCGAUGAUGGUGAAGUGUUCGGCUGGGGUUUUAAUGGGAAUGGUCAACUUGGUGCCGGAAAUCUAUCGAAUCAGCACAGUCCUGCACGUGUCAUCGGAUUGCAGAAUGUUGUCAUCGAACAGAUAGCCUGCGGAUUUGCUCAUUCAUUAGCCCUGAGCGACGAAGGCCAGCUGUUCGCUUGGGGUUCGAAUACCUGCGGACAACUGUGUGCCAGUAUGGCUCGAACCAAUCAAACAUCACCCGUUGUGGUUGCAUCCACAUUAGGCAGGGUUGCUGAAAUAGCCGCAAUUCAUGCAUGCAAUAUCACUGCUGCUGUUAAUCAAUCAGGAAAGGUGUAUAUGUGGGGUCAGGUGCGUGGUCAAACGGCAACAUGCCCGAUACAAACUCAAUUUGGAUGUAUUGACGAUGUAUUCGCAUGCUUUGCCAGCCCAGCGGUUGCUUGUCGACCGAUUCAGUUCGAUAUCUGUCGACGUUCCACAAUACUGGAUGCGAUUCGAGUUGCGUUCGAUGAUCCGACGACCGGAGACGUGAAGAUUUCGGUUGAUGGUCAUUUGAUACAUGCACAUAAGGCACUGCUUCGGCUACGAUGCGAUUACUUUCGUUCAAGGUUCCGUGAAUAUUGGCAAGAUGAUAGCGAAUGUGCUGUCGUAGAAGUACCACAUUAUUCGUAUGCAGUCUACCGGUCGUUUAUUCGUUGGUUAUACACUGAUGAGUUACAUAUCGAUAUCGAAGAUGCUGUCGGUCUUCUGGAUCUUGCAAAUUGCUACUGUGAAAAUGAACUUAAACAACGAUGCACUGAAUUCAUUAAAAAGGGAAUCAGCAUUGAGAAUGCAGCCACAUUUUAUGCAAGUGCGCUCCGAUUCGAAGUCAAAGAUCUCGAAGAGUUCUGCUUUCAAUUGUAA